AUGAAGUUCAACAUCGACGAUCUGCCGGUGCUGUUCCCGUACCCGCGCAUCUACCCCGAGCAGUACAAGUACAUGUGCGAUUUGAAACGCACCCUCGAUGCCGGCGGAAACUGCAUCCUGGAGAUGCCCUCGGGCACCGGCAAGACCGUCUCGCUGUUGUCACUGAUCAUUGCCUACCAGCAACACCAGCCCGAGAAGCGCAAGCUGAUCUACUGCUCGCGUACUAUGUCUGAGAUCGAAAAGGCUCUGCACGAGCUCAAGGCGCUGAUGAAGUACCGGACCGAGCAGCUCGGCUACGAGGAAGACUUCCGCGGUCUGGGCCUCACCAGCCGCAAGAACCUGUGCUUGCAUCCGUCGGUGAAGCGUGAGAAGAACGGCGCUGUAGUAGAUGCGAGGUGCCGCAGCCUGACGGCCGGCUUCGUCAAGGAGAAGAAGGAGCGCGGCGAGGACGUCGAUCUUUGUGUCUACCACGACAACCUGGACUUGUUAGAGCCGCACAAUCUGAUCCCCCCGGGCGUCUUCACCUUCGAAGACAUCCUGAGGUACGGAGAAGAGCACAAGCAAUGCCCGUACUUUACGGCGAGGCGAAUGAUGCCUUUUUGCAACGUCAUCAUCUACUCCUAUCACUACUUGCUCGACCCGAAGAUCGCAGAACGAGUGUCCAAAGAGCUAUCCAAGGACUGUAUCGUCGUCUUCGACGAGGCUCACAACAUUGACAACGUUUGCAUCGAAUCGCUGAGUAUCGACCUGACCGAGGACUCUUUGAGAAAAGCCACGCGCGGCGCGAACAAUCUGGAGCGGAAGAUUACCGAGAUGAAGGCCACCGACGCCGAGAAGCUGAGCAACGAAUACGCAAAGCUUGUCGAAGGUCUCCGCGCGGCCGACGAAGCGCGGGACGAAGACGCCUUCAUGUCGAAUCCGGCCCUGCCAGACGACCUGCUGAAAGAGGCGGUGCCUGGCAACAUUCGGCGAGCAGAGCACUUUGUAUCCUUCCUGAAACGCUUCAUCGAGUAUCUCAAGACUCGCAUGAAAGUGUUGCAUGUGGUUGCAGAAACGCCUCCAUCCUUCUUGGUGCAUCUCAAGGAGCUCACUUUCAUCGAGCGCAAGCCUCUGCGAUUUUGUGCCGAGCGCUUGACUUCUCUCGUGAGAACGCUGGAGCUGACCAAUAUCGAAGAUUAUCAGCCCCUGCAGGAGGUCGCGACGUUUGCGACGUUGGUGGCUACGUACGACACCGGGUUCCUCCUCAUCCUCGAGCCGUACGAGGCGGAAGGUGCCACCGUGCCGAAUCCGAUCUUCCACUUCACGUGCCUGGAUGCCUCCAUCGCCAUCAAGCCGGUGUUUGAGCGCUUCAGUUCGGUCAUCAUCACCUCCGGAACAAUCUCGCCUCUCGACAUGUAUCCGAAGAUGCUCAAUUUCUCGACGGUCGUACAAGAAUCCUACACCAUGACUCUGGCUCGAAAGUCAUUUUUGCCCAUGGUCGUCACCAGAGGAAGCGACCAAGCAGCCAUCAGUUCCAGCUUCGGAGUUCGCAACGACCCCAAUGUCGUCAAAAACUACGGUGUUCUGCUCCGAGAGUUUUGCAAGCUUACUCCCGACGGCAUCGUCGUCUUCUUCCCCAGUUACCUGUACAUGGAGUCCGUCAUCAGCCAGUGGCAGGGCAUGGGUAUCCUCGACGACGUGUGGCGCUACAAGCUGAUCCUCGUCGAGACCCCCGACGCCCAGGAGACCUCGCUCGCCCUCGAGACCUACCGCACGGCGUGUAACAACGGCCGCGGUGCCGUCCUCCUUUGCGUCGCUCGUGGCAAGGUCAGCGAGGGCAUCGACUUCGACCAUCACUACGGCCGCACUGUACUGUGCAUCGGCGUUCCUUUCCAGUAUACCGAGUCCCGCAUCCUCAAGGCCCGCCUCGAGUUCCUGCGCGAGACGUACCACAUCCGCGAAAACGACUUUCUCUCCUUCGACGCCAUGCGUCACGCCGCGCAGUGCUUGGGGCGUGUCUUGCGCGGCAAGGACGAUUACGGAAUCAUGGUCCUGGCGGACAAGCGCUUCAGGAACAAGCGCAAUCAGCUGCCCAAGUGGAUUGCGCAACAUCUUUCAGACGCCGACUCGAACAUGAGUAUCGACCAAGCGGCAGCGAUGGCCAAGAAGUUCUUGCGAGAUAUGAGCAAGAGCUUCGGCCAUCAACUAGCAGAAGGAAUCAGCGUGUGGGGAGCGGAAGAUUUGAGAAAGUACCAGAAGCAGAGGCAGGAAGAUGAGAUUAAGAUGCUGAUGGAUGCACCGGAUCGGGAGGUGCAGAUGCGGGAUGCCGCGGAUGAGUUCGACGAGGGGGGAGAUAUGGAUGAAGUCAUGGCUGGAGUCGAGGUUUGA